UACACCCACGUCUAACAGGCAGGGAUUCUCGACCGACCCACCACCAACACAACGUACACGCGUGGACAAACCGACAAACCAUCAUAGGAGUUUGGUCUUAAAAAACUGUAUAACAUGGGUAAAAAACGGUCUCUUGGAGAUGAAGCUGCAAGGGAGUUGUUGCAGACUGAGGAGAAAGUUUAUCAGAAAGGUUCCCUGCAGAAGUUGCUAUCACAUGAACCACCAAAGAAGAAAAAGAAAAAAGACAAAGUGAAGACUAAGCAUGAAACAUACAAGAAGUUAGAUAGUAUUGAUGCUAUUGAAAAUGUUGAACACCUUGUAAAAGAAGAAAGUGAAAAAUCGAAGACUAAAAAGCAGAACAUUGAAAGAAUUAAGAAAAGCAUGCAAAGACCAAAGAUAUUCCUGAAUCAGAGUGAUCAAAUUGCAGUGAACAUGAGUGAUGUCCAAGACUUGGUCCAGUUUGCCUGCAUAGGAGCUAUAUCAAGCGCACAGCCCAAAUGGUGUAAACUGUUACGUGUUGCAAAAGUAUGUAAAGUUGCUGUGGUAAUAGUGAGUGGUAUUAACGAGAGGUGGUUUACGCAGUACAGCCACUGCUUUACAAAUAUGCAACAGCUUUUUAAUCUUUCUGUAAAAGUUCAUCCAGUUGACAAUAGUGAUAGAUCUGUUUAUCGUGGGUUUCUCUUUACAAAAUGGAGAGCGAAACGCUAUAAGAAAGAAUUAUAUAUGUCAAAAUUACUAGAAAAAGAACCUGAUUUGCCCACACAUAAUGAAAGUGAUGAUGCGAGUGAUGAGGAAGAUACUAAACCGACAAGAAGCGAUUAUGUUUUAACGGAGGAGGAGAUGCGAUGGCAUGGUUACCCUACACCUGACAGACCAGGCUUCAUAUCAACGAAACACGCAGACACCAUCAGUGAUGCCAGUCCCUUGAUUGCUAUCGACUGCGAAAUGUCAAUGACCCAUAAUGGACAGGAGUUAACAAGGGUAUCUGUUGUUAAUGAAAAAUUGGAAGUGCUGUAUGACACACUCGUUAAGCCAUACAACAAGAUCGUAGACUACUGUACAAAGUACAGUGGCAUAACAAAAGAAUUGCUUAAUCCGGUGACAACCAGGCUGGAGGAUGUACAAAAAAAACUGCUCAAACUUAUACCACCGGAUGCCAUCUUGGUAGGCCAGUCCCUCAAUGGAGAUUUAAUGGCCCUCAAGAUGUAUCACCCACAUUGCAUCGAUACCAGUGAUCUAUUUACGAACAAGUACCGAGUCGGACUUAAAAUUCUUACCAAACACUACCUCAAACGUGAUAUCCAGUGUAGCAAAAGUGGGCAUGAUUCCACGGAAGACGCCCAAGCAUCAAUGGAACUUUUUCUACUGAAACUUAAGAAAGGCAGCAAACUAGAAGACUUCAGUUACAAGAAGAGUCGAGUGCUGCCAAUAGAAAGUAUAUUCCAGAGAGUUGCUACUGAAAGUAAGAGUUCCGUUCUUAUUGAUGUUCCUAGUAAUCUGAAGAAGUUCAGCAAAGAUCCGGUUAACUGUAUUACAGCCAUGACAGAUGCUGAGACUACAAAGAGAAUGAAGCAAGUUGUGAGAGAUAAGUAUGAUCUUAUCUGCGGACAUCUUCACUCAUUCAAAACACUUAUGGAUGGAAUCACUCACGAACAGCAUACCAUUGAGUCAACUUUGGCUAACGUUGAUAGGCGGGUCAGUGACAUCUAUGCUGCAGUUCCUGACAACUCACUCUUUGUUGUUUUGCUUGCGUCUGGCAUUCAGGGACUUGAUAAUCUAGACACAGGUUUUACAGAAAAGGAUUUGUACAGUCGAUGCUUUGCUGGAAUCAAGUAUGCUAAGGAACCAGAUGCAGGAACCUGAAGGAGCAGUUGGUGAAAGAACAUUAUGUUGAGAAAAUUGAUGAUAAACCCAGUAAUGUCUAUAAACACACCAAGUGUUUACGGCUAAUCAUAUGUAUGUGUAGUAGCAGACAGUAAGAACAUCUUAAAAAGGCCAACAACAGUUUUGAGGCUAAAGACCAUGUAGGCCAACAGCAGCUGAUGGUUAUAAGAAAAUCACAUCAACACAUACAUGGUUUGGCGAUGGCUCUCAUGAAGAAUUAUAUAUAUUUUAAAAAGUUUUUUUAAUGAUAAAAAUCUGAACAAAGAACAUCAUAUAAUUAAAAAUAUGUAUACUUAAAAUGCUAACCUUUUGAUCUGCUAGUUGAAAUGCAUAGAACUUUAAAGUAGUGUUUAUUGGGCAGAUGUUUCACGCAGUCGUGGUAAUUUUUUUGAUUCCACAAUUAUGCCAUUCUUUCAUCAUUGUUUUCAAAAAUUGAAUCCAAUAAAGUUAGAUUUUUGAAAAUUUAUUUA